AUGCCGUCACUCAAGUUCUGGCAGUCCAGCGGCGACCACCAUGCAAACCCAGCCGAGCAUCCGGCGGUCGACGUGGAGGCAUCAGCUUCCGACAGCGAGGGAUCCUUCUUGCACGAUGGCAAUCUUGCAUUCGUGCGGGAAAAGGCUGGAAAUGACUCUGGUCCUCAGUAUCAGGAGGCUGUCGGGGCGCCUGUCGAGUCGAACUCGCCGCUCGGCUAUAACGUUGGCUGGGUCACGGUCAUUUUCCUGAACGUGAACCAAAUGAUUGGGACUGGUAUCUUUUCUACUCCCGGCUCAAUUCUCAGGAGCACCGGCUCAGUUGGCCUGGCCAUGAUUUUCUGGCUUAUCGGCUUUCUUAUGUCGUUGUCCGGGUUGGCUGUUAACCUCGAGUUCGCAAGUUACUUCCCAGGGCGCAGCGGCGGCGAAGUAGCCUACCUUGAGCAGUCAUACCCUCGACCGAAAUACUUCUUCCCGAUUGCCUUUGCGGUGCAGAACGUCAUCCUCUCGUUCUCGAGCAGUAAUGCCGUUGUCCUUUCACGCUACCUGUGGCGUAUCGCCGCCAUCACCCCGUCGGACUGGCAGCUCAAGGGCGUCGCAGUUGCCGCGUACACACUGGCCGUCAUCUGCGUCCUCGUGCACAACAAAUACUCCCUGUGGGCCGUCAACGUGUUUGGCGUGUUCAAGGUCCUACUCCUCGUCGUCAUCAGCAUCACGGGUCUUGUCGUCCUCGGGGGCAGUACGCAUAUACAAAACCCCCAUGCCAACUGGGAGAACUCGUUUCAAGGCACGACGAAUAACGGCAACGACCUCGCAAAUGCGAUCGUCAACAUUGUCUUCUCGUACAGCGGCUACGAGAACGCGUUCAAGGUCGUCAACGAGAUCAAGCGGCCCGUACCGACGCUCAAGAAGAAUGCCACGGCGUCCGUGCUAAUCGUCUCCAUCUUGUACAUCCUGUGCAACGUUGCGUACUUUUCGGCAGUGCCCAAGGCCGAGUUUGCGGCGUCCAGCCAGACCGCCGCCGCCGUUUUCUUCACUCGGGUGUUUGGUCCGCGCGGCGCCAAUGCUCUGAACGUCUUUGUGCUGCUGAGCGCCUUUGGAAACCUGCUGGCGGUGCUUAUUGGGCAUGCGAGGAUGAUUCGCGAGAUUGGCCGACAAGGCGUUCUCCCUUAUCCGCGGUUUUGGGUGACGACCUGGCCAUUCGGCACACCCAUCGGCCCAUAUCUCCUGAAAUGGGUCGCCACGGUCAUCAUGAUUAUCGCGCCUCCAGCAGGCGACGCGUUCACAUUCGCCGUUUCCCUCCAAUCAUACCCAUCCGCUAUGUUCUCGGUAGCAAUGGCCGUUGGACUUUACCUUGUGAGACACCGCUUCAAGCGCGCGGGCCUGCCCCGGGCCGAGUUCGAGGCGUGGCAUAUCGCGGCCAUCUUCUUCAUCCUGGUGCAGAUCUACGUGCUCGUCAUGCCAUGGGUGCCGCCUAAGAAUGGCCCGUAUUCUGGUGAUGUGUCGUUCUGGUACGCCACGUACUGUGUCACGGGUAUCGCCAUCAUCAUCGUGUGCGCUCUCUACUACGUCGUCUGGAUGUACGUCUGGCCCAAGUUCCGCGGCUACAAGAUCCGCCCAGAGGUCCUCGAGGACGUCGACUCGCGCGGCGCCAACACGCACCGGCUCGUGCAGGUCCCGCUCGCGGAGCUCGCUGCCUGGGACGAGGCGCACGACGAUGCUGGCCGCCUGCGGCGGCGUCAUCAACACCAGCACCAGCACUACAACGGGGACGCGGAGAGGGCUAGCGACAGCUCUGCGGUUGCUUCUGGUGAGCAAGCUGGAAUUGGCGGGGAGAAGGGGUUGAAGGAGGUUUGA